GGAGAGCUCUUACGAGAGCCCAUUAUAUCUUGAACUCGAGCGCUUCUCGAAUGAUGUUCCAGCAAUGGCAACACACUCCAUGCUAAAGGACCAAAUCAAGGUGGCCCAGGAGCUCCUGGGAAGGGUGGAGCAGCUCUGCAGUCGGCAGACGCAGGAGGUGGAGGGGCGCGCCAAGCUGUGUAGCAAGCUGCGUGCCGAGCUCAAGUUCCUGCAGAAGGUGGAGGCAGGCCAGGUGCAGAUCAAGGAGUCUCACCUGCAGAGCACCAACCUCACCCACCUGAAGGCCAUCGUGGAGUCGGCAGAAAGCCUGGAAGACGUCGUGAGUGUGCUGCACGUCUUCACUUACGAGGGUCCCGGCGGUCAGAAGCAGACGCUGGUUGUGGAUGUGGUCGCCAACGGCGGCCAUACAUGGGUGAAGGCCAUCGGGCGCAAGGCAGAGGCCCUCCACAACAUCUGGCAGGGCCGGGGCCAGUAUGGCGACAAGAGCGUGGUGCGGCAGGCAGAGGACUUUGUGCAGGCCAGCCGCCAGCAGCCUGUGCAGUACAGUAACCCCCACAUCAUCUUUGCCUUCUACAAUGGCGUCUCCAGUCCCAUGGCUGACCGGCUGCGCGAGAUGGGCAUCUCCGUGCGGGGGGAUAUAGUGGCUGUGAACUCAGUGGUUGGGGCGGAGGAGACUGCGAAGGUUGGAGACGACGAGGAAAGCGACAGCAGCUAUGGGGAAGAAGCCGACAGCAACGGCAGCACAGACUGCGACAGCGACGGCGACGACUUGGAUGUCGUGCACACCAAGGUAGACAGAGGCACCAUCGUGGCCAGCGUUGCGUUCCCUAGAGAUGUCAAGGUGGAUGUUUGCAAGCGCGUCAACCUCGACAUCACCACGCUCAUCACUUACGUGUCCUCCCUCAGCCACGGCAACUGCCACUUCACCUUCAAGGAACAGGUGCUGACGGAGCAGGCGGCACAGGAGAGGCAAGAGAAGGUGCUGCCCAAGCUGGAGGAGUUCAUGCAAGGCAAGGAGCUCUUCGCCUGCCAGUCUGCUGUGGAUGACUUCCGAGUCAUCUUGGACACGCUUGGGGGCCCUGGGGAGAAGGCUCGUGCCGAGCAGCUGCUCGCUCGCCUGCGAGUCGUGCCAGACCAGCCAUCGGAGCGCACCGAGCGUCUGGUUCCCAGCUCCAAGGUCAACAAACGCUCCCUCAUGAUCUUUGGAACGGGAGACUCCUUGCGAGCCGUCACCAUGACUGCCAACAGUGGCUUCGUGAGGGCCGCAGCCAACCAAGGAGUGCGCUACAGUGUCUUUAUCCACCAGCCCCGAGCCCUCACUGAGGGCAAGGAGUGGAGGGCAAUGCCCAUAUAAACCUUCCGGCGAGAGGGAAGGAAAUGCGAGGAGGCAAAAGACGAGUGUUUGAAAUGAGGGUGUCGGCAAGAGACACGUCAGUUAGCAGGGCGGGUGCAUGUUAAGGUUCCAAAAAAAAAAGGAAAAUUUCUUUUGAUAUAGCCACGCUAAUGACAAUACAGUUAUGUGAGGUUUCACCUGAAAGCCUUGUAUGUGUGCAGCUUUGCAGCAGAGUGGUAACAGCAUCUUUCUGCGAACCAUCAGCGAUUGCGUGAAUUGAAGACACCAAACUGUAGACCACACGUCUAUGCUGAUCUUGGCAGAAUGUUCUUGCAUGUUGCUGAUGUCACGCACUGGCUUUAUAGCGGUUCUGACUUCAGGACUGAUCACAUGCCCAGGACUACUUGAUUAUGGGAGAGAAUUUGAAUCACUAAGUUGUGGCAGGACUGUACACCCUGCUCUUGUAAUUAGAAUAUAUUUGUAAAGAUGUAUCAAGUACAAGAAAUACAAAUACAUAAUAUUUAAUUUGUUAUAAAUUAGUACUUAUUUCUUUUUUUGCUGCUGUAAAAACUGAAUUGGGUAGGUUGAGUAUCCUGUCGAGUUGAUAAUUUGACAAUAGAUGGAAAUCGAGGUAAUGUUUCCUGCGAAACAGAGCGCCAUUAAAAAGGACGAGCAGAUUUCAUGGUUGUGUUUCUGUCUUUGUGAACGUUGGCACUCAGGAUGGGUCUUAGCUCUGUUA